UCCCCACCCCCUCCCUGGCCCGCAGCCCAUUACACCAUCGGCCGCGGCAGCUGCUGCUGCAGCCGCCGCAGUCCCGCGCAGCCCGCGCAGCCUGGGAGGGCGGGAGGCGGCCCCGCGGGGCGGGGCGGGCAGGCGGGGCGAGCGGCGCGCCGGCCUCAUUCCUGUGGGGCGCGGGGGGCCAUGGCGGAGCUGGGCGGCCGCGGGCGGAGCUGGGCGGCCCAGGCGGCCCGGGCUUCCACAACGGUUUCCAUUUGAAGGGGCGGCGGCGGCGCGGAGAAGGACGAGUCCCUGGGCAGUUGGGUGCUGUCGGUCGUCCGAUGUGGGGAGGGCCCGGCUGCGGCGGCGGCCAGUAGCUCUCGGCGCGGCGCUCGGUGCGGGGCGGCUGGGAGUGCGGCGGCGGCGGGAGGACCCAGGGCGGCCGGCGGGCGGCCUCCCCGCACCCCGCGCACCUCCAUGGAUCUGAAGACGGCCGUGUUCAACGCAGCCCGGGAUGGCAAGCUGCGGCUCCUCACCAAGUUGUUGGCCAGCAAGUCCAAGGAGGAGGUUUCCUCCCUGAUCUCGGAGAAGACCAACGGGGCCACGCCGCUGCUGAUGGCCGCCCGCUACGGCCACCUGGACAUGGUGGAGUUCCUGCUGGAGCAGUGCAGCGCCUCCAUCGAGGUGGGCGGCUCGGUGAACUUCGACGGCGAGACGAUCGAGGGGGCGCCGCCCCUUUGGGCCGCCUCGGCGGCCGGGCACCUGAAGGUGGUCCAGUCGCUGCUGAACCACGGCGCCUCGGUCAACAACACCACGCUGACCAACUCCACGCCGCUGCGGGCCGCCUGCUUCGACGGCCACCUGGAGAUCGUCAAGUACCUGGUGGAGCACAAGGCCGACCUGGAGGUGUCCAACCGCCACGGGCACACGUGCCUGAUGAUCUCCUGUUACAAAGGACACAAAGAGAUUGCUCAGUACUUGCUGGAAAAGGGGGCGGACGUGAACCGCAAGAGCGUGAAAGGUAAUACUGCGCUGCACGAUUGUGCAGAAUCUGGAAGCCUGGACAUCAUGAAGAUGCUUCUGAUGUACUGUGCCAAGAUGGAGAGGGACGGGUACGGAAUGACCCCUCUCCUCUCCGCGAGUGUGACUGGUCACACGAACAUUGUGGAUUUCCUGACUCACCAUGCACAGACCAGCAAGACAGAGCGGAUCAAUGCUCUCGAGCUCCUGGGAGCUACAUUUGUCGACAAAAAGAGAGAUCUGCUUGGCGCCUUGAAGUACUGGAAAAAGGCAAUGAACAUGAGAUACAGUGACAGGACUAAUAUCAUUAGCAAACCAGUGCCCCAGACACUAAUUAUGGCUUAUGAUUACGCCAAGGAGGUAAACAGUGCGGAAGAGCUGGAGGGUCUGAUUGCUGAUCCCGACGAGAUGAGGAUGCAGGCACUGCUAAUUAGAGAACGUAUCCUGGGCCCUUCUCAUCCUGAUACUUCUUACUAUAUCAGGUAUAGAGGCGCUGUCUAUGCAGACUCGGGAAAUUUCAAACGAUGCAUCAACCUUUGGAAGUAUGCUUUGGACAUGCAGCAGAACAAUUUGGAUCCUUUAAGCCCGAUGACUGCCAGCAGCUUAUUAUCUUUCGCAGAACUCUUCUCUUUCAUGCUCCAAGAUAGGGCUAAAGGCUUGCUGGGCACCACUGUCACCUUUGAUGAUCUCAUGGGCAUACUCUGCAAAAGUGUCCUUGAAAUAGAGCGAGCGAUCAAACAAACACAGUGCCCAGCUGACCCACUGCAGCUGAAUAAGGCCCUUUCCAUCAUUUUGCACUUAAUUUGCUUGUUAGAAAAAGUUCCUUGUACCCUAGAACAGGACCAUUUCAAAAAACAGACUAUAUACAGGUUUCUGAAGCUGCAUCCAAGAGGAAAGAAUAACUUCAGCCCCCUGCAUCUGGCUGUGGACAAGAACACGACGUGCGUAGGUCGGUACCCAGUCUGUAAGUUCCCGUCGCUGCAAGUUACCGCAAUACUGAUAGAGUGUGGUGCCGAUGUGAACGUCAGAGACUCUGAUGACAACAGUCCCCUACAUAUCGCUGCUCUCAACAACCAUCCAGACAUCAUGAAUCUUCUCAUUAAAUCAGGUGCACAUUUCGAUGCCACAAACUUACACAAGCAAACUGCUAGUGACUUGCUGGACGAGAAGGAGAUCGCUAAGAAUUUGAUCCAGCCUAUUAAUCAUACCACAUUGCAGUGUCUUGCUGCUCGUGUCAUAGUGAAUCAUAGAAUUUAUUAUAAAGGGAAUAUUCCAGAAAAGCUGGAGACCUUUGUUUCACUUCACAGAUGAUAAUCUGACUGUCUUUUAAGCACCGUUGAAGCGCGAAACAGUUGUUUUCGGCUAUGAGCACUGUCGUGAUGACACCAGCAUUCGUUUCGCUUGAUCUCAUUGUGCUCUCGUUGGCUACACCAUUAGAAGCAUCAGAUUUACAGGAUCGGGUUCCCAGUAUUUAAUAUAAAUAUACCAUAUAAUAUAUUGUUUGUGAAUUACUGAGAAAUGUUACGUCAUAUUCAAAUUUCUAAAAUUAUCGCCAAAGGCUUAUUAUCCCUUCUGGUUUUGUUUGUUGUUGGGUGUGUUUCGGUCAGAGUUAAUAAUUUUUCAGUGGUGUCUUUCUAUUUUACUCGUAAAUUUUAUACAACUGAAAAUCACCCCCCGCCCCCCGCUUCUCCUUUCUUUUUCUUCAAGCGGCUCCCGUGUUUUCACUUUUUUUUUUUCCUCCCCCUAACCAUUUCUACUGAGCAAUCUCUUCUCCCCUUUCGGACCCCUGCUAAGUUGUACAGACUUGAUGGACUUGUUACCAUUUGCAGUUACCAUAAGUGCUUUAUCUUCUCUAUGCACCGGCUUGAACUUGACUGUUGUGUGUCAGCAUAUUUUCUAUGCAGCAGUUGGUCAACUUCAACCCCCAAAACAGGUUUGUCAGAGACUUCAUGAAAGUACUCCUGUAGCAUGAUGUUGUUUUUUGUUUGGUUUUUUUUUUUUUUAGAGCUUGUAGGUUAACUUCCUGAGCUGAAGCUUUUUUGUUUGUUCGUUCGUUUGUUUGGCUCUUUUCUCUCUUUUUUUUCCACACACAUCUGAGGUUUCUUUCUCUAAUCCACUGAAAUGAUUGUGUGCUAAAUUUGGGAAGCAAAUCUAUUCUAACUCAUUAACCCAGUUGAAAUUUAGGUCUGUCAUCUUAAUAUAUCAUGCCGUCAAAGGAAGACUCUUCUAAAGUGACCCAUCUCCCAUGCUGCACCAGCGUUGUCCUGCUUGUGCUGAUGCUGUGAUUAGGUGUAGAGAAUCUGCUUAAAUUUCACCUCAAAGUUUACCACACAGCUAAACGAGUCACACUGAGAUUUUCAGUAAUUGAACUGCAAAUCACUUUUAGUUUAAAAAUAAUAACAAUAAAGAGCUAAAGCAUGUCAGUGGCAUGAUGCCUGCCAAGCCAGAUCUAGAAUCAAUAAGGUGUUCUUAGUAUGCAACUUAGUGCCAUAGUGUCAGAGGUCAGUACCAGUGUCCUUCCUUCCUUCCUUCCUUCUUUCCUUCCUUCCUUCCAGCUUUAAGUAUACCUCUAAAGAUAACUUGCAUGAAUUACUUUGUUCUCAAUUAUUGCCACCUUUAAAUGCAAAAGAAAAAAAAAAAGGUUGUUGUGUUUCCUGUCCCCUCACUGUAAGUUAGUUUCUCUUUUCUGUUUUUUUUUUUUUUUUCUUCUCUCCCUUCUAACUUUUUUUAACAGCUUUGCUAAUGCCACAGAAAGGGCUCUUUUAAGAAAAGAUAAGUGAAAAGUAGUAAAUGAGAUUCAGGUAAUUACCAUUCAGCACUUUAUUGUUAUUCAGAAUAAAAUUUGUGAUGGCAUAUUUGCCCUGCAAAUGUCUUAAUGAUUGUUCUGAAUAAAAAGCUCCUCAUUGGUUUGAGAAAAAUCAGUUUACCUGUGAGUUUUAUGAAACGAAUUACUAGAAUUUUUGUGUGAGUGUCUUAUUCUGAAGGCUGACAUAAUGGUAUUUAAGGAGUCAUCAUCCCCCAGUCACAUUAGGCUUAUCUUCAUCUUUAUUCAGUUAAAAAAAAAAAAACUUAGACUGAAUAGUAGUAAAUAAAAAGAGGUAGCUUUUCUUUCUGGUUAAAAUAAUUAAGGUUUGAUACUUUUGAACUUCAUUUUACUUGGUUGUAAAUGUCAUCAUUACAGAAAGGCAGGUUGGCUAUAAAUGGUCACCCCAGUCUUUUGAGAAGAGACUUGAAUUCAUCUUGUUUGCCAACAACAGAUUUGAUGAAAUACUCUGUUAGUCACGUAUAUUAAGAAUAAUGUAGUUUGGGCAGAGGUUCUAGACAUAACAGGUUCCAGUAUUUUUGAAAUGAUUUGCUUCAGCCUUGUGGUGUGAAAAUUUACAAAUGUGUGAGUUACUCUUAAAAAGAACAGGGGAACUGCAUGUGCAGUCAAAUCUCCGUUAGCUGACCUCAAUAAUUCUGGUAUAAAAGGUGAGCGAUUGCGUUUUUAAGUGAUUGUAGGUUUCCCCCAUUUUUGGAAGUUUACAUGCUCUUUCCCAUAAGAGCACCAGGAAGUUAGUGUUUUUUUACAGGUGAGCCUGAAACCUGAAAUCCCAAUAUAAAGCGAUCAUUUCUUUACAUAACUUAGAACUACAACUCAGUCUUGGUAAUAAGUACCUUUCUAUGAUUAGAAUACAGAUGUUCUAGAGAGGUCUUGAAAAAUCACUUUAAUGGCUUAAAGCUGUCCAUAAUUUGUUUUUUAGAGGCAGCUGGUUAACAUCCACCACCUCAGACAUUAUGAUCUUUAUCAGAAAGUCUUCUCAAAUUUGUUGUGAGACAUAAUAAUAAUUUAAAAAAAAACCCUUCAUUUUUUUUUUGUUAGCCAUAAAUGAAUAUUUUAAGACUUAAUGAGCUAGUUGUACUCACGUGGGUCAAACUAAACUAAUUUAUUGUACAUUGUAGCCUGACAAUGACAACUGCAGCUGGUAUGUGAGUUUUCCUUAACAUAUUUGCCAGAAAGCCCUGCUAAGGUCUGCUGGAUGCUAGAUGUUCUCCUAUUAAUCACUUGUGUAAAAGAGAUCAUUUUACUCAGAUUAGAUACCAUUCUACUUUAUAAAGACAUGAAUUAUUUAUAGUUUUAAAAAAUAAUACUCAUCCAUGAAUCUGUCAGGCAUAUUACCAAAAUCAGCAAAAGACCAUUGGCCCAUAUGGGUUUUCAAGUAGAAAGCGUUCACUCAUAAAGUGACAACCUUAAUUAAUGUAUAAUAUUUUAGGAUUCCCCCCACCCCCCAUCUACUGUGACUUGGAAAACUGGUUUUAGUUAUAGUUGGGGGAGGAAAAAAAAGUUCUUUAACAUCCAAAUGCCCAGCAGAAACCUUUUAGGCUAAAUUUUGCAGAUAAAAUAAUUCUUAAUAAUUUUCUCAGAAUUGUGAGGGUCAGAUGAGCUAACAACCCUGUUGUACACCCUUAUAACAACAGCUUGGAAUUUUAACCAUUUUAGAGUUAGGUCCUUAAGAAACUAAACUGGAUUGGUCAUCUUCUUUUUCUUCCCUUCAUAUAUAACUAAGCAACUAUUUUCUCUCCCUCUUGUCAAUUCCCAUUGUGUAUUUUUCAAAAGAAGUACUGUAUUCAAAUGCCAGCCAGGAAACUUGUCACACAAUGGAAAAUGAUAUGCCACAACAUUCAUUGUAAGGUUUAAUAAAAUUAAAUUUGCAUCAAA